AUGGUUCGACAAUCUAACGCGGCUUGUCAAAGUGGCGACUUCGCCACAGCUGUGUCUCUCUACACUGACGCCCUCCAAUUAGAUCCCACCAACCACAUCUUGUACUCCAAUAGAUCAGCUGCAAGAUUAAAACAAGGCCUAUUUGCACAGGCUCUGCAAGAUGCCAUCACCGCCAGAGAUAUGUGCCCUACGUGGCCCAAAGCCUACUACAGACAAGGAGUGGCUCUCCAAUGUUUGGGCAGACACGGAGAUGCCUUGGCGGCUUUCAGUCAAGGGCUGGCUCAAGAUCCUAGAUCCCAACAGCUACUUUCUGGCCUUGUUGAAGCAUCAAUCAAAUCGCCUCUUAGACACCACUUGGAACCGACCUUGGAACAACUUGAAGUUAUGAAAUUGGACCAAAGUCCGUUUGUAUUAAUUUCUGUAAUCGGACAAGAACUUUUGGCAGCAGGCCUCUACCACGCGGCAGUUAACGUCUUAGAAUCAGCUCUAAGAAUAGGUUCAUGUUCUUUAAAAUUACGUGGAUCUGUUUUUAGCGCUUUAAGCUCUGCGCAUUGGGCUCUAAAUCAGCUAGACCAAGCCAUAGGAUUUAUGCAACAAGAUCUUGCAAUAGCCAAAAGUUUAGGAGACACCGCAGGUGAAUGUAGAGCCCACGGUAACUUAGGCUCAGCCUACUUUAGCCAAGGCUCUUAUAAAGAAGCUCUAACAGCACAUAGAUACCAACUAGUUCUAGCCAUGAAAUGCAAAGACACUCAAGCUGCAGCGGCUGCACUCACUUCCUUAGGUCAUGUUUAUACUGCGAUAGGUGACUAUCCAAAUGCUCUGGCGUCUCAUAAGCAGUGUGUGCAGCUGGUCAAACAAAUGGGUGAUAAAUUACAAGAAGCUAGGGAGAUAGGCAAUGUGGGUGCUGUUUAUCUAGCUAUGGGUGACUUUGAUUCAGCUGUGGAUUGCCAUACCCAACAUUUGAGAAUUGCGAGAAGAUUAGGAAAUCAGGUUGAAGAAGCCAGAGCUUAUAGCAAUUUAGGUUCCAGUCACCAUUACAAGCGCAACUUUGCUCAAGCUGUCGUGUACCAUGAAAAAGUAUUAAGGCUAGCUCAAGCUAUCGGAGACAAAUCUGUAGAAGCCAGGGCUUACGCAGGAUUAGGUCAUGCCUCGAGGUGUGCUGGCGAUUAUGUUCAAGCAAAACAAUGGCACGAAAGACAGCUAGAUGUAGCUCUUAGUACUCGAGACAAAGUUGGAGAAGGUAGAGCCUGCUCAAAUCUUGGAAUUGUUUACCAACUUCUAGGUGAGAAUGAUGCUGCCCUGAAACUUCAUCAAGCCCAUCUAGCUAUAGCAAGAAAUCUUCAGGAUAGGGCAGGGAUGGGUAGAGCAUUUGGAAAUAUCGGAAAUGCUUAUUCUGCUGCCGGAUUUUACGAAUCUGCUAUUAAAUAUCACAAACAGGAGCUCACAAUUAGCAAAGAAGUUCAUGAUAGAAGUUCAGAGGCCAGCACACAUGGAAAUUUAGCAGUAGCUUAUCAAGCCUUAGGAGCACACGAUAUGGCGUUAUUGCAUUAUAGAGCUCAUUUAGGUAUUGCAAGAGAUCUUAAAGACGCAGCAGGUGAAGCAUGUGCUUUACUAAAUUUGGCAAAUUGUUUGAGCUCUCGAUCUGAGUUUACUGAAGCAAUCCCUUACUAUGAACAGUAUUUGAUGAUAUCUCAGGAACUUUCUGAUGUUGAAGGGGAAGCUAAGGCUUGUCAUUUUCUCGGAUAUGCACAUUAUUGUAUUGGCCACUAUAAGGAGGCAGUUAGGUAUUAUGAUCAAGAUUUAGCUCUAGCCAAAGAUUUACAAGACAAAAUGAACAUGGGUAGAGCUUAUUGCAACCUAGGUUUAGCUCAUCUAGCUUUAGGGCAACUAGAUAAUGCUCUGGAGUGCCAGAAAUACUUCCUAGCCAUAGCACAUAUGACUAAUAACUUAUCGGGAAAAUUUAGAGCUCUUGGUAACAUUGGCGACGUACUCAUAAAACUAGAAGAACCAGAAGAAGCUAUAAAGAUGUAUCAUAGACAAUUAGCACUGGCUCGAGGUAACAGGGAUAGAAGUAUGGAAGCAGCAGCUUGUGGAGCCUUGGGAAUAGCUCAUAGACUGAUAAAAAAAUUUGACAAGGCUCUAGGUUAUCACACUCAAGAAUUAACUCUUCGUCAGGAAUUGUCAGAAUUGCCAGGAGAAUGCCGAGCACAUGGGCAUUUAGGAGCUGUACAUAUGUCUUUAGGAAAUUACACUCAUGCUGUUAAAUGUUAUCAAGAACAAUUAGAAAGAGCACAAGAACUUCAAGAUUGUGCUGUAGAAGCUCAAGCGUACGGAAACAUGGGAAUAGCGAGGCUGAAUAUGGGACACUACGAAGACGCUAUUGGCUAUUUUGAACAACAGCUUGCAACUUUAGAAAGACUGAGUUCUCCUACGGCCCAGUUGGAUAAAGGGAGAGCAUUUGGUAGCUUAGGUGACUGUUAUGAUGCAUUAGGUGAUCCUGAAGAAGCUGUUAAGUGUCAUGAACAAUAUUUGGCCAUAUCUUUAAAAUUAAAAAGUCCAAGAGAUCAAGAAAGAGCUUAUAGAGGAUUAGGUCAAUCACAAAGGUCUUUGAGCAAUCUUCAACAAGCUUUAGUAUGUUUAGAAAAGAGACUUGUCGUUUCUCAUGAAUUAGGUAACUUAGAUGCUAAAGCAGCUGCGUAUGGAGAACUUGGACAACUUCACGCGACAUUAGGAAAUCUGGAGCAGGCCGUAUCUUGUCUUGAACAUCAAAGAAAUAUUGCACUAGAGCAAAAUGACAAAGUUAUGGAAGCAGAUGCUAUUUGCGGACUUGGAUUGGUUUGUUAUCAAAUGGGCGAGUUUUCAACAGCUUUACAAUACCACAUGAAUGAAUUAGGAAUAUCUGAACAAUUAGAAAUUCCAAAUUUACAAAGUAGAGCCUGCGGAAAUCUAGGGGCUGUAUAUGAGGCUUUGGGCAAUUUAGAUGAAGCUGUGGGGUACCAACAAAAGCAUUUAUCCAUUGCAUCAUCAACCAAUGACCAAUUGGCGAAAACUGUUGCUUACAGCGCGUUGGGAAGAGUCCAUCAACUGUUAGGAAAUCGAACUCAAGCAGUGACCUACUUGACCCAAGGAUUAGCAAUUGCAGAGUCUCUAGGACGUAGAGAUGAAGAAGCUAAAAUCAGAAACAGGUUAGGCUUAGCUCUUUGGGCAAACGGCGAUUUGGAAGGUGCUCAAAAGCAAUUAGAAAUCACUACGCAUUUACUGGAAAAUAUUCGAAGAGAAACUAAAAACUCUCAAGAUUAUAAAUUGUCAUUGUUCGAACUACAAUCUUCAAGCUAUCAAGUAUUACAGCGUGUACUAGUAUGCUUAAACAGACAUGAAGAAGCCCUUCUGAUGGCAGAAAGAGGAAGAAACCGGGCAUUUGUGGAUCUAUUGCUAGAACGCCAAGGUUGGGGCGAAUUAAAAAUGAAAUCAAGGAAUAGUAGAAUUGAAGAAUUUGGAAUGAAUAAUUUAGAUCAUAUCAAAGAUAUAGUUAAUAGACAGAGAGCGGCCGUAUUAUAUUACAGUAUUGCGGCUGGAUUCCUGUAUUCUUGGCUAAUUUUACCAACAAAAGGUGUUGUAAAGUUCCACUGCGUUCCCUUAACAGAAUCUUCUGACAACUCUGUGUGUGACAACAUUGAUCCAGUGCCCUCUGGAACAGGUUUGUUAGAAAAAUUAGUAAAUUCAGUAAGAGACAGUCUUGGAUUGGAAGCAUCAUCAUGUCCAACUAUAGCUGAAGAUCAUGCAGAUGAUACUUUAUCAGAGAGAACAGGUUUUCUAAGAAUGGUGAAUCGUCAACAUCUCAUGAACUCUAGUAACUAUUCUUUGAGUUCUCUAUUUUCACUUGGCAGCGUUGGAGGAUCAGUAGCGUCUCUACAAGGAAGCACUCGAUCUAGUGCUAGUACUCAAGGAUCUACCAGAGUGGGAAGACGUCAAAGUUGGAAAGGACCUAGUUGUCUGCACACUCUGUAUACAAUGCUUCUACAACCGUUUGAAGAAUAUUUGACAUCUAAAGGUUCCUCUUCAAAAGAUGGUUCUAAUAGAAGAGAACUGAUUUUGGUCCUGGAAGGAGAUCUAUAUUUGGUACCAUUCCCGUUACUUCGUUCUGCUAAUGAAAAUUCCGAAUACCUAUGUGAAAGGUUUUCAUUAUUUGUGGUACCCAAUUUAAGCACACUUCGAUCGGGACGAUUGAGAAAACAAGAUGAAACAGUUAGAAGCAUUGUAGUUGGUAAUCCUAAAUUGCCAAGCGCAGUUACAGAACACUGGGGUUGGAAAGAUAUACCUCAAUCUGAACAAGAAGCAACUAUGGUAGCUGAGCUGUUACAGACACAAGCAUUGGUUGGAUCAUUAGCGACUAAAGAGCAGGUUAUUAGUCAAAUUCAAGAGGCCGAAUGUAUUCACUUUGCAACUCAUGUAUCUUGGAAACUAUCUUCUUUAGUACUAAGUCCUGCCGAGGUUCUAGAUCAAACGCAGUCAAAGAGAUUAUAUAUGACUGACAACAGCGAAGAGGAAGAACACAAUGAAUUAUCUGUUUCUGCAGAACUUCCAUCACUUUCAGAAUUCCUUCUUAGCGCAGCCGACAUUCUUUCCCUUAAACUUUCAGCUAGGCUUGUAGUGAUAAGCUCUUCGCACACAAGGGAGCCUCAAGGUUGGGCAACUUCUGAUGGUCUAGUAGCAUUAGUGCGAUCUCUACUUGCCGCAGGAGCUCAAACUGUUCUUGUGUCACUAUGGCCGGUACCUGAGACAGCUACCAAAAUUCUUCUUAGAGCGUUCUACUCAGCUUUAUUGCAAGGAACCAGAGCAGCAAGGGCUCUAGUGGAGGCUAUGCAGACUGUUCAACAUACCAAACAUUUUGCCCAUCCUGCAAACUGGGCUGGAUUCGUCCUUAUAGGUUCCAACGUAAGGCUGUCCAAUAAAGUGGCUUUAAUGGGUCAAGCUCUUUGUGAACUUCUUAAACAUCCCGAGAAGUGUAGAGAUGCUUUGAGAGUAACAUUGCAUUUGGUGGAAAAGAGCUUGCAAAGAAUCCAUAGAGGACAGAAGAAUGCAAUGUAUACUACACAAAAAUCAAUUGAGAACAAAGUUGGUUCUGUAUGUGGCUGGAAAGAACUUCUGAUGUCUGUUGGAUUUCGAUUCGAACCAGCUUCUAAUGGUAUUCCAAGUAGCGUGUUUUUCCCUCAAUCAGAUCCUGAUGACAGACUUACGCAGUGUUCUGCUAGCCUCCAAGCUCUCUUAGGUUUGACGAGCACAUCCAUCCAUGCUUUGUCAAAAUUGACUUCAAAUCCUGAAGUUGCUGAUGAAAUAAUUGCUGUUAUUCAAUCAGCACUAACUCAAUUUUCUUCUAAAGGAGUUGAAAAUGAUAGUGUUGAUGUGGCUUUACAUGUAAGGUUAUGGCGUGUGCCUGGUUGCCAUGAAUUAUUUGCAUCAUUAGGAUUUGAUUUAUUAGACGUUGGACAAGAUAAAGUAACAUUGAGAACGGGAAAACAGGCAAAUAGACGAAACAUACAGUUUACUAUGCAAGCUCUACUAGCUCUAUUUGAUACACAAGAAGCUCCCAAAAGCCUAACAAUAGAUUCUUCGAGUAGUCUAGAGUCUUUGGCUUCAAUCGACAACGAUUUCUCUCACUCUGAUAAUGAACUGAAUUGCGCAUCCUCAACUCCUACGAAUAAACCCAUUCCCCGCGUACCUCCGCCAUUUUCCAGAACAGUGUUGCCAAGCAAAAAACUCGGAGGAGCGUUUACGUCUUACGUAAGAAGAAGAGGUGAGCCAGACGGAAGAACGGCCAAUCCAGGGGAUGGAAAAUCAACGUUAGAUAAUAAAUUGAGAAAAAAUAUGACUUUAGCCAGACCUGGAGGUGGAGAAUCAGAUGCGGCGUUUACUCCAAGUCCGCCAGUUGUGCUACAGCCAGAAACUCAAAACAUGGCUCUCUCUCUUGCACACCAAUCGAGAAUUAGGCAUUUGUAUUCUCAAAAUGAAGGUAAAGGCGAGUCCAAUAUGAGACCUGAUAGUUCUAGUUCGGCUAGCUCGGCCACAGAUUGGGAAAACGGUCAUGCUACUAUUUUAAGACGACAGACGCAAAACCAGGUACCUCCCUUACCGCCCCCACGGAUACAACCGCUAUCUGAACUACCACUCUACAACAAUCUACCAGCCGGCAUGUUCGAGAACAGUUCCGAUAGCGAGCUAGAAAAAAUGGAAGCCAAACUAUUCACGUCCACUUUCAAAAACAAAAUAGCCUUCAAGAAACCUCGCAAUCCACUAAGUGCUUUCGAGAGACUUAGCGUAAGGACGGAAGUGACCGGUAAUCAGAGUUUGCAUCCUCAACAGAAUCCCAACAGGAAACCCAUAACGUUGCCAAGUGAAGAAACAUUGCCUGCGAACGAGAGGCUGUUAUAUUUUUCGCCUAACGAAUCCGAAAGCGAGAAUAACACUACUUUGAUGGCGGCCGGUAGUGAGAAAGAAGAGUCUGAAAAAGAUUUGAAUAAGAGCGAUGGUAAAUCUGGUAGUUCCUCGUUAACUAUACAUGACACAAUCUUAGCGACUCAACUGAGGCAUAUAAAUAGGGAACUUACACCUACCAUUUCCGAAGUGUACCAUGAAAGAAAUAUUGGGCUGGGAUUAGCUCCACCGUUAUCCAAAUUGCUGUUGAAUCAACAGUCGCAGCCUGUUAUUAAGACUGAUAGUUCUGUAUUAGAAAAAAUUACUCUAGGUUUGGUUGACGACGAAGAAGAGGAUACAAACGAUGAAUCAAAGUCAGUACCCUGUCAGAGGUGCAAGUUAGAAAAAUGCGCCUGCAAACUUAAAUCGAAUAAACCUUGGUUAUCCGAAAAUGCCACUGCUCUCCAACACAUUCAAAGUUCUGAUCUUACGACGGCUGAUAUUCUUGAACGGGAAGUCAAAAAUAAGAAAAGUAUGAUGAGGUCUGAGCAAAAAGUUAAAGAUGAAACGGAACCAAAACGGCUCUCCCCUUUCUCAGAAAUGUCCCGUAGAGAUGAAGGAGAUGGCAGGAGUAUUGCAGACUCAAAUUCUUCAAGUUACAAAAACCAGUAUCUCUCUUACCAGUAUUCGGACAAGAAAUCCGUCAAACCCGCGACUAAGCUGAGAACAAUAUCGCUACAUCGAAGGAAUAUGGCGAGUUGACGUCUCAGAGACGCCUUGUAAUAAUUUUUUAAACUAAGUCCAUUUAUAUAAUUUACUUAAAUAUUAUUUAUGUUUUAAAUUUGUACAAUUUUGAAAAGCUUUAAUAAAAUUGGCCAUUGUCU